AUGAUACAUAAGCCUCUCCUUUCACAAGACCAGGCAAGGGAACAAAAUGAACAGAAGCUCUCAAGAAUGCUUCGUGGAAUUUGUGGUUCUUUCGUGAGUGGUACUUUAAACUGGUUAGCAUAUCCGAAAUCCCGCGCUGGUGAUGAUGAACGAGGAGGAACUAAAAUGAAUGAGUUAGAAAUAUUUUCUUACGAUCUAAAGAAGGAGAUUUGUAGCUAUUUCUGUAUGCCUGAUGAGAUUUUAGAAGUUAGUCCUGUUGGGGCUGCGCUUGAGGUUUUGAAUGGUUGUCUGUGUCUUUCUCAUUAUCAUGAGAAUGAUUUUGUUGUGUGGAUGAAGAGGGACUUUAAGGAUGAAAAAUCUUGGUCAAAGUUGCUGAAUUGUAAGAAUUAUCCUUCGAGUUGUUGCUGCUGUCCUCGUUACAUGGACAUCAUUUGUAUGCGUGAGAAUGAUGAUGUCGUGCUGAUUGCAGACGCAGGUUUCGAAUCAGCAUUUAUUUGGUGUAACAUCAGAGACAAUAGAAUGGAGGGUAGUGAAAUUUACAACGAUGACAAAUUUAAUCUUUCCUCUUAUGAUUAUGUUCAUAGCUUGGUUUUGCCGUAUAAGAUUUAA